CCACGAAGAAGCACCGUGCUACUUCCUGUUUGAAACCCUAACAGAGAAGAACCAGAGGAGCUAAUCGACUGCAGCAUCUUUUGAUCAAUAAAUGUUAAAGUGUUUUAAUAACGGAUGAAUAACAAUGAUUCCGUACACGGUGAACAUCAAACUGGCGGCUCGGACUCUGACCGGAACUCUGAACCUUCAGAAUAAAGGCGCAGUGGACUGGGGCUGGCAGGGGCUGAUCGCUCAGGGAUGUCACUCCAGCAUUCUCAUCAUCGACCCAAAGACGAGUCAGACCAUCCAGGUGCUGGAGAGACACAAAGCUAACGUGGUCAAGGUGAAAUGGUCCAGAGAAAACUACUACCACAACCUGAGCUCUCCGUACUGUCUGCGGCUGGCUUCAGGGGACGCCUCUGGGAAGAUCAUCGUGUGGGACGUGGUGAGCGGCACCGCCCACUGUGAGAUCCAGGAGCACUCCAAACCCAUCCAGGACUUGGAGUGGUUGUGGAAUCAGGAUGCAUCCCGUGAUCUGCUGCUGGCCGUCCACCCUCCGAACUACAUCGUGCUGUGGAACGGAGACACGGGCACCAAGCUGUGGAAGAAGAGCUACGCCGAGAACAUCCUCUCCUUCUCCUUCGACCCCUUCGACCCCUCCAACAUGGCGUUGCUGACCAGCGAAGGAAUCGUCUUCAUCACAGACUUCACUCACUCCAAACCACCGGGCAGCGCCGGUAAAAAGGUCUACAUCGCCAGCCCCCAUGCAAGCCCCGCCCACACCAAACCUGCGCCCGCCGCUGCUCCCGUGCCCACCGGUGCCAAGAAGGCCCUGAACAAGGUCAAAGUGCUGAUCACCAACGAGAAGCCCACAGCCGAGGCGGUGACGUUGAACGACUGUCUCCAGCUGUCCUACCUGCCGUCUAAGAGGAACCACAUGCUGCUGCUGUACCCCCGAGAGAUCCUCAUCCUGGACCUGGAGCUCAGCCAGACGGUGGGCGUGGUGGCCAUCGAGCGCUCGGGGGUGCCCUUCAUCCAGGUGAUCCCCUGCGCUCAGCGAGACGCUCUCUACUGCCUCCAUGAGAACGGCUGCAUCACCCUCCGAGUGUGUCGCUCCACCACCUCCACAGAGGAGGCAGCAGACCCGGAGCAGAGCGUCCACGAGCUCGUGUACGACCUGCGCUCCCAGUGCGACGCCAUCCGAGUCACGAAGACGGUGCGGCCGUACCGCAUGGUCAUCUGCCCCGUCAACGAGAACAACGCCGCCCUGAUGGUCAGCGACGGCAGAGCCAUGCUGUGGGAGCUCAAAGGACACACCGGCAGGGCUGCUGCUAAUCCCAGCUCCGGUCUGUCGCCGCUCUACUCCCCCGUGUCGUUCUGUGGAGCUGCGCUGGGUCCAAACCAGAAGAGGAUUCAGGAUCUGUCCCUCAACAGCAUGAUCGGUGAGACAUUGAUCGCAGGUGAGGCUCCUCCUCCUUCCUCCAACCAGCAGGAGGUGCAGCUGAAGUUCCUUCUGACCGGUCUGCUGUCCGGUCUGCCGCUGCCGCCGUUCGCCCUCCGCAUGUGUCCUCCUCUGACCACCAAGAACAUCAACCACUACCAGCCGCUGCUGGCUGUCGGAACCAGUAACGGCUCCGUGCUGGUCUACAACCUGACCAGUGGACUCCUCCACAAAGAGCUCAGCGUGCACUCGUGUGAAGUCAGGGGGAUCGAGUGGGUGAGUCUCACCAGUUUCCUGUCCUUCGCCACCUCGGCUCCCAACAACAUGAGCCUGGUGAGGAAUGAACUGCAGCAUGUAGACCUGCCCACAGGAAGGUGUUUUGCAUUCCGAGGCGAGAGAGGGAACGACGAGCCACCCAUCGAGAUGAUUAAAGUGUCUCAUCUGAAGCAGUACCUGGUGGUCGUGUUCAGGGACAAACCUCUGGAGCUGUGGGACAUCAGGACGGGGACGCUGCUCCGAGAGAUGGCCAAGAACUUCCCCACCGUCACCGCUCUGGAGUGGUCCCCGUCCCACAACCUGAAGAGUCUGAAGAAGAAGCAGAUGGCGGCGAGGGAGGCGAUGGCUCGGCAGACGGUGUCAGACGCCGAGCAGAGCAGCGUGGAGUCCUCCGUCAUCAGCCUCCUGCAGGACGCAGAGAGCAAAUCAGAGACGAGCCAGGCCAUCUCGGCCCGGGAGCACUUUGUCUUCACCGACACAGACGGCCAGGUGUACCACAUCACCGUGGAGGGAAACACGGUCAAAGACGGCGCUCGGAUCCCUCCUGAUGGCAGUAUGGGCAGCAUCGCCUGCAUCGCCUGGAAAGGUGACACGCUGGUUCUCGGGGACGUUGAUGGAAACCUGAACUUCUGGGACCUUAAAGCUCGUUUGUCCAGGGGGAUCCCGACACAUCGCGGCUGGGUGAAGAAGAUCCGAUUCGCCCCGGGGAAAGGAAACCAGAAGCUGCUGGUGAUGUACACGGACGGAGCCGAGGUGUGGGACACCAAAGAGGUCCAGAUGGUCAGCAGCAUGCGGAUCGGUCGCAACGUGAACUAUCGCAUCCUCGACAUCGACUGGUGCACGUCAGACAAGGUUGUGUUAGCCUCCGACGACGGCUGCAUUCGAGUCCUGGAGAUGGCCAUGAAGUCCGCCAGCUACCGCAUGGACGAGCAAGACCUGACAGACCCGGUGUGGUGUCCAUACCUGCUGGUUCCUCGAGCCGCUCUCACUCUGAAGGCCUUCCUGCUGCUGCAGCCGUGGUCAGGCACCUUCACCAUGGACAUCACUCAGGUAGACUACACCGAGAAAGACGAGAUUAAAGGGCUGAUCCAGGAGCAGCUCAACUCCCUGUCAAACGACAUGAAGAGUGUGUUGCAGGACCCCGAGCUGAGCCUUCUGCAGCGCUGCCUGCUCGUCUCACGGCUGUUCGGCGACGAGUCAGACCUUCACUUCUGGACGGUGGCGUCUCAUUACCUCCAGUCGUUCGCUCAGGCUCGUCAGCUGAGCGUGUCCUCCGCAGAGGGUCAGACCCAGACCGAAGGAAAGCCGCCGUCUCCUCAGACCCACCUGGACAUCUGCCACGACGUCCUGUGUGAGAGCUCCUACUUCCAGAAGUUCCAGCUGGAUCGGGUUCACCUGCAGGAGGUGAAGCGCUCCAGUUAUGAACACACCAAGAAGUGUGCUGACCAGCUCCUCCUGCUGGGUCAGACGGACCGGGCGGUGCAGUUACUGUUGGAGACGAGUGCAGACAACCCGAGCUACUACUGUGACUCUCUGAAGGCCUGCCUGGUGACCACCAUCACCUCCUCAGGACCCUCACAGUCCACCAUCAAACUGGUCGCCACCAACAUGAUCGCCAACGGCAAGCUGGCAGAGGGAGUCCAGCUGCUGUGUUUGAUUGACAAGGCGGCCGACGCCUGUCGUUACCUGCAGACGUACGGGGAGUGGAACCGCGCCGCCUGGCUGGCCAAGGUGCGUCUAAGUCCAGCAGAGAGCUCAGACGUUCUAAAGCGGUGGGCGGAGCAUCUCUGCUCGCCACAGGUGAACCAGAAGUCUAAAGCCAUCCUGGUGCUGCUCAGCCUGGGCUGCUUUUAUAAAGUGGGAGAGAUGCUGCACAGUAUGAGAUACUUUGAUCGAGCCGCCCUCUUCAUCGAAGCUUGUCUGAAGUACGGAGUCAUGGAGGCCAACGACUCGUCAAAUAAACUCAUCGAAGCUGCGUUUCUGGACUUCGCUCGGCUCCUGCGCUCUCUGGGGCUGAGGGAGGGCGCCGCUCUGUGGGCGUCCCGAGCCGGGAGCGCCGGGGAGACGCUGAUGGAGGAGCUGUUCCAGGGAGAGGGAGGGGUGACAGAGAGCAUCAUAGGUAAAGAGGAGGUGGAGCUGGGCGAGAAGAGCACAGAGUGAAGGCGGGAGGACGGACGAUGGCAUUCACAUGAAGAGUCGAGUGUUUGAAGCGUGAAGUUUGUGUCCGAGGUCGUGAUCAGAGACGAGGAGCACGAUCACCUCCUGAUCAGUCUGACCCCGCUGAGUAUUACAUACCAGUAUGUGUGUGUGCGUGCGUGUGUGUGUGUGCGUGUGUGUGUGUGUGCUCCUGUUCUGGUGAAGUAGACGCGCUCUUUGAUUUCAGCUCGUGCUUUGAUGUUUUCAUGGUGGCUUGUGAAACUUUCUUUUCUGUGCCUGUAUUAAAAGCUGUAGGGAGUUAUCGUAGCUUUAAACGUUUAGUUAUCGCGUCUGCCUUUUUGUUUGUGCAGAUUAAAUGUUGUGCGUUUAAUUUAACCCCAAAUAUUCCUUUGUUUAAAAAAAUGCACUGUAGCGAUAAAACAACUCACAUUCCUGCACGCUGACUAAAGUCCAACAUUUGUUUUGUGUAUUUGCACUUUUCAUUUCUUCAACAAUCUAAACUUGUGAAGAAAACUUUGAUUCCUGAGCCGGCGAGCCAGCAGGGGGCGCUGUUUAAGUGUCUCAGACAUUCAGGCCGUGCAGAGGUUCUCACAUGAUGCCGUGUCUUUAGAAAGAAAAAAUCUCUGUUCUUUUAAUGAUCGCAUUUUAAAUAAGUUCCAAAGCUUUCUAACAUAAAGCUGCCACCAGAGAGAGAGAGAGAGAACGAGAAAACGAGAAAUUUUUCGCAUAAGCUCCUUAACUAAGCUCAGUCGUACUCUGUACAUUCAUAUUGAUUCUUAGGGCUGGGGCUCCACAUACACACACAGUCAGACACACACACACACAGCGCUGUUCUCCCCCUCUGGAUCAGCUGAUCCUGUCUCUCCUCUUUAACGCCUCUGUUACUACCUCUGAAGACGCUACAGAGGAGGGGGGGGGGUCACUUUGUCCCCACAUUACACCUCCAAGACGUUCAGAUUGAAGGCGAAACAUCACAGGGAUGUAAAUAUGGCGGCUUGAAGGGGCGGUCUGAAUAGAGCUAGAGAGAGAGAGACAGAAGUACAGAAAUGUUUCUUAGCUCUUUGAAAAAACAUCUGAGGAAGCAUUAAGACACAAACUAAAACCUGCGCUGCUCCACACAAAACCCUGCUACACACACACACACACACACACACACACACACACACACACACACACACACACACACACCUGCUGCUGCUGCGUCUCCCCUGCUUCAUUAGAAUCAUAUCUUAGACGAUGACUUAGCCUUUGUUAUGAUUGUGUUUCAAACUGUGACUCCACACACACCGGACGGAGUGUUAGUGUGUCCGUGCAGUUAACCCAAGACGGUGUCACCAUGGCAACAGCACCAUUACCUCUCCUGUAGAUCUGUUUCCCUCUCGAGCACACACACACACCUCCAGCAUCAGCCAGCUGUAGUUUCUUGCUGCUGUGUGUUUCCCUUCGGUCUGCAGAGCUGCUGCACCGUCCUGAACCUCGUCUUUAUUACGAUCCAGCUCUGCUGCUUUUCAUCGUCGUCAGAGACGUUUCAAUCUGUUCUCUGUUUGUUGUUCACAGUGAUUAAAAUGCUUUAAGAUAUAUGAAUAUUACAAAAAAAAAGAUAUAUGUAUAUAUGGAUGGCAAUAAAAUCAGUAUGAUGAACCUGA